AUGAAAUAUACAUACGAUUUAAUAAAGGGUGCUCCAUAAGAAGAAUAAGGGGGUGACAUGCAGCAAAUUUUUUCAUUUUUAUUAGCUUUUGCAGGAACAUGGAUGAAAGUAAAUUAUAUUUCUACAAUAGUAAAAAGUCUUCAUAUGGAUAGCAUUUUUUUUUUUAUUAUCAUCAUGUGCAACAAUGAAGACCAGAUCAGCAAACUAUAUGCAGAUAAUAUUAAAUUUUGGAAUCAUAGUAAUGGGAUUUCUAUCAUUAUAUGUUUGGUAACCAAAACAUGAGAUGUUAUUAUAACAAUAGAAGGAACAAAUUUAGCUAUAAAAUUGA